AUGUAUGUAUGGACUGUUUUGAUGGAUGACUUAUUAAAUGAAACUUAUUUAACACUUGGUGGUUACGUAGAGGUGGAAAAAUACAGGUAUUUCUAUUUUGUGACCAUUUUCAUGUUCUAUGUUCUGACACUUUGCUGUAAUUUCACCAUUGUUUUCCUUAUUGUGAUUCACAAAAACCUUCAUGACCCUAUGUAUAUUUUCAUUGCAGCUUUAUUAACAAACUCUGUUCUUUUCAGCACUGCAAUUUACCCCAAACUUUUAACUGAUUUUAUAUCUGAAAAACAGACCAUAUCACACCCCAUGUGCCACUUUCAGUACUUUAUAUUUUAUUCUAUGGGUGGUGCAGAAUUCUUAUUGUUGUCAGCCAUGGCUCAUGACAGAUAUGUGUCAAUAUUUAAACCUCUGCAAUAUCACAAUCUUAUGAGGAAAACUACUGUCUGUGUCCUGCUGAUUUUGGCCUGGCUUGUGCCUUGUUGUCUGGUUGCGGGAUCAACAGUUCUGUCAGCUAAAGAGAAGCUUUGUAACUUUACUUUAAAUGGAAUUUUUUGCAACAAUUCAAUUUACAAACUUCAUUGUGUAACAUCAAGAUCACUAUCAGUGUAUGGUGUGAUUGUUUUGCUCAUUAUUAUGUUUUUGCCCAUGAUUUAUAUAGUUUUCACUUAUGCAAGAAUCCUAAUAAUAUCCUACUUUAAUUGUCAAACUAUCAGGACAAAAGCUGCACAGACUUGUUUACCUCAUUUGCUGGUUUUACUCAAUUUUUCAUUGUUCUGCGCUUAUGAUGUUGUUGUACUUAGAUUGGAAACAAGUAUUUCAAAAAUGGCACGUUUCAUAAUGACUAUACAAAUGGCACUGUAUAAUCCUCUCUUUCAUCCAAUCAUAUAUGGACUAAAAUUGAAUGAAAUCUCCAAGCACCUUAAGAAAUUAUUUGACAAGUAA